AUGACAUCUACUAACAUGUUUUACAGGCAGGAAUCUUUGCUAGGAGAAGUGGUGAAUGCAGAAUGCAGCACUCGGAUAACUAAGACGCAGAAGUUCACAGCGCUUCCAUCCUACGUUCUUAAACUUGAAUAUGGAUACAUUUUGAACAAGGAGUUGAAAUAUUUGAAAAUGUAUCACCAGGCGGGACUACCUAAGGAAAGCGCCCGCUUAGAAACUAUAACAAGACUUUCUAGUAUGGGCAUAUUAGGAUGCAAUCCUUCCUUGUACAUUGAGAACCAUGACGAUGCAUACUUGAAUCAAAUUAUAAAUAUGUUUGAAUCUCGUGGCGAAAGGCUUCGAAAGGCAAAGUCUUUAGAAGAUGAGGGAUCUAUUGCUGACAAUGAAGGAGAUGCUGAGGCUUUGAAUUUGGAUGACAUAAUUCACGAUGAUGGCACCACCACCAGUACUACUGCAGACAAUGUAAAGAAGGCAGAUGAUGAUUCAACGGUUAAGCCACUCAUUCGUGGUAGCGACAUUGGUUGUGUGGAAUUACCCUUACCUACGAGAUGGAAGGCGUCCGCGGACUCUCCCUUCGACGUAUCUGGGGACGGAUUAGAAGUAUCGACUAGAAAUCUCGUCAAUCCGGCCGAUGAUAAUACCGAGCACAGUAACAGCAGCGGACCUUCUGGAACUAUUGGGUUCAAUUCUGGAAGUCGGGCAGGAUUCUUUUCUGUGACUUCUGAUGAGUAUGUGCGAUCUGAUAUGGGAAUAUAUUAUUACGAGGUGGAAGUUGUGUUUGGGCUAAACUCUCGGUCUGAUAUCUCUGUUGGCUUUGUCAAUGUCGCCAAUAAUUCUGGUGUAGUGGAUUUGAGGGGAAUCACAGAUGGUACAUGGGGAUAUAAUGGCAAAGAUGGCAAGCUUACGCAUCACAAAUUCGGUAAGGUGAACAGCCAGGCGUGCUGUGAAUUCGGAAAUGGCGACACUGUUGGAUGUGGUAUCAACUUCGGUCGUAAAAAGAUCUUCAUUACAAAGAAUGGUGUCUUUUUGGGAGAGGCAUUUGAUAUAUCAGAUAAUUAUCGCAAAUUGUUUCCUUCUAUCAGCCUAUCGCAGUGGAACUCUGUGAGAACUAAUUUCGGUGUGGAUCCUCAACGGGCUUUUAUGUUCGACAUUGACGGAUACGUUCAGUGCUUCAAAAAUGAGGAGGCUAAGAUGAUUGAAGAUUCUCCUCUGAAAUCCUUUUCUCUUGAAAAGGGCAGAGGAAGAAGAGAAGAUCAGGAUUUGAAGGUGGUUGUUAAUCGAGGAAUUGGUUUAUACUUGAAGAAUAUGGGAUAUUUGGAUAGCUUGAAAGCAUUCAAUGAAGACCUAGGCGAUCAGAGAGACUUGGUUGAUGGCAUAGAUUCUGAUCUUAAAGCAUGUGAAGUUAAAAAGCAUUUCAGAGCUUUGCUAAUAAAUGACCAAAUUUAUGAAGCUGAGAGGUUUCUUUCCGAAAGAGACUCAGAGACAAUGAUGGCAUGUUCAAAACAGUUUUCUUGCUUGAAACUAGCAAGACUAAUAAUGGAUCAGAAGAUCAAUGAGGCUGUUGAAAUGUCUAGACAGCUCAAGAAAUCAUUCAGUAACUGUGACACAAAUCUUGAGAUGAUCAAGAAUGUGAUGAACUACAUCUAUUAUACAGAUCCUCAAUCAUCACGGGCGUUGAAGGAGUUUUAUACGACAGAAAGGAUGAAACUCGGGGAUGAUGUCUGCUUCCUCAUGAAGAUUGGUUCUCAUCCCGGCAAGUAUACCCCGCUGGAACAUUUACUACUUCACACCGGGGAGAACUUGGAGAAAAUAAUGAGAGACAAACGGGCACGCUUAAUCAAUUUAAACGAUUACUUGGAGCUAUAA